AUGCUGCUCAUUCCGCAUAUAUUAUUGGCCCUGUCGGCCAUCUUCACCUUUGCCUAUGCAUUGAAUGUUGAUACCGAGUUUGGGUCCUGCCUCGGCUAUAAUGUCACCAAAGUCACCGAGACGGCACAUGGAUUGCAGGCUGACCUGAGUAUUAAUGGUGCUGGGUGUCAGGUAUACGGCCCUGAUGUCGCGAACCUCACUCUGCUAGUGGAAUAUCAGACAGACUCACGACUUCGGGUGGCAAUCCAAGACCGCGAGGGUCAGCGCUUCCAGAUCCCAGAGGAGGUGAUCCCUCGCCCUGGCAUCGCCGCCGGCUCGGUCGCCUCCAAGUCCAAGCUCGCAUUUGAGUUCAAGCACAAUCCCUUCAGCUUCAAGGUGGUGCGCAAGUCCACCGGCGAGGCCCUCUUCGACAGCACGGGGUCGGCCUUCAUCUUCGAGCGCCAGUUCCUGCGCCUCAAGACGUGGCUGCCGAGCGACCCCAACCUGUACGGCCUGGGGGAGCACUCGGACUCCUUCCGCCUCCAGAAUAAAGGGUACAAGCGCACCCUGUGGGCUCGCGACUCGUCCGGGAUCCCCUAUGGCGAGAACCUGUACGGGACGCACCCCGUCUACGUGGACCAUCGCCUGGGCGGCACGCACGGCGUCUUCCUGAUGAACGCGAACGGGAUGGACGUGAAGAUUGACCAGGACGAGAACGGGAACAGCUAUCUCGAGUACCUGGCCAUCGGGGGCAUCUUCGACUUUUACUUCCUCGCGGGUCCGAGCCCAGUUGAGGUGGCGAAGCAGUACUCUGAUGUGGUGGGACUUCCGGCCAUGGUCCCAUACUGGAGUUUGGGUUUCCAUCAGUGCAAAUGGGGCUAUCGAGACUGGUUCGAGGUGGCUGAAGUUGUCUACAACUACUCUGUUGCAGGCAUCCCGCUCGAAACUAUGUGGACGGAUAUCGACUACAUGGAUCACCGACGCAUGUUCACGCUAGAUGCUGGGAACUUCCCACUCAGCAAGGUGCGGAAUAUCGUCGACUAUCUGCAUAGCCGGCAACAGCACUACAUCAUGAUGGUCGAUCCGGCCAUCGCCGAGUACGACAACUAUCCUUACCACAAGGGAGUUGAGAUGAAUGCCUUCCUCAAGUUUAACGAAACCUCACUCUAUCGCAGUGUCGUGUGGCCGGGCGUUACUUUGUAUCCCGACUGGCUUAAUCCAAAUACCACCGAGUAUUGGGUUCAGAUGUUCCAUGAUUUCUUCAAUCCUGAUACCGGUGUCAACAUCGAUGGCGUCUGGAUCGACAUGAAUGAGCCGGCCAAUUUCUGCAGAUUCCCCUGCGACGACCCAGAGCAGGCGGCCAAGGAUCAGGGCCUACCUCCGAACCCACCACCAGUGCGAGAUCCUCCCCGCCCUAUUCCAGGGUUCCCAGAGACCGAGAAACGCCUUCAGUCGAGGGACGCGGACCAGAUUUUGUUCGGCAACCCGGAGAAAUCGACAGGCGAGGUCCAGGGGCAGGAUUCGGUGGAACAGAAGGUGCCCAGCCACGAGGGAGAUGACCUUCUGAACCCGCCGUAUCACAUCAACACUCGUUCUCCGAGCGGGGAGCUCAGUGAUUUGACACUACGCACCGAUCUGAACCAUGAGGGUGGACUGUCGACGUAUGAUACGCACAGUCUAUUUGGCGCAAUGAUGGGAAUGGCUACCAGGGAGGCAAUGCUCGCCAGACGUCCAGGAUUGAAGCCGCUCAUCAUCUCCCGAAGCACUUUUGCCGGUACUGGACGAUUCAUGUCCAAGUGGCUUGGAGACAACGGCUCAGGAUGGGAUCAUUACCGCAUUCAGAUUGCUGGAAUGUUGAACUUUGCCUCCAUCUUCCAAAUUCCAAUGGUGGGAAGCGAUGUCUGCGGCUUUGGUGGCACAGCGACUGAGAGGCUCUGCGCACGAUGGGCCAGCCUCGGGGCCUUCAACCCCUUCUACCGCAACCACAACGCCAUGGGGCCGAACCAAGAGUUCUACCUCUGGGGCCUCGUCACCAGCGCGGCAAAGUACGCCAUCGAGAUCCGGUACAAGCUGCUCGACUACAUCUACUCGUCCCUGGCCCGGCAGUCGGUGGACGGCACGCCCACCCUGAACCCCCUGUGGUACAUCUACCCCGAGGACAGCAACACCUUCGCCAUCCAGAACCAGUUCUUCUACGGGGACUGCGUCCUCGUGUCGCCCGUGACGGACCAGGACUCGACCAGCGUCGACAUCUACCUCCCCGACGACAUCUUCUACGAGUGGGACACGCGCAAGCCCGUCCGCGGUAAAGGUGACUGGGUGAACCUCGACUACGUGGGCUACGACCGGAUCCCCGUGCACAUCCGCGGCGGGUGCGUCGUGCCCCUGCGGGCCGAGAGCGCCAACACGACGACGGAGCUGCGGAAGAAGGGGUUCGAGCUCCUCGUCGCUCCCGGGCUGGACGGGUCGGCGAGCGGAUUCCUGUACACCGACGACGGCGUGAGCCUGGAUGGCGGGCCGUGCAAGCACGAGAUCUACUACGAGUACGUCGGCGGGAGGCUGCUGACGUCCAAGGUGCAGAGCCCUUCGUCGUCCGCGUGCGAGUCGUCGGACGGCGGGGUCAGGAUCGAGAAGGUGACCAUCCUGGGUCGCGAGGAUAUGGGCGACGAGCUGUAG